AUGCUGGUGGUGUUGUGCACCCGGGGCGGGAGGUCGUUAGCAGUGUUGAAUGCGCUCCGGUUUCGUCGUUCCUACCAUGCUGGCGUCGGCGUUUUUGGCCACCUCCCGGAGCCGCCCAAGAGUACUUUUGAACCAACAGCCGGGAUGUCUCCAGAACAAGCGCAACGCAUUCAUUUGAUAAAUGCUUAUCGACGCUAUGGGUACUUGCGCGCUGAUCUCGACCCACUGGGCUUAGCAAAGCGGAAGGAGGUUCCAGAGUUGGAUCCAGCUGUCUACGGAUUGGCUGCCGAAGAUGAUCUUCCCGGAAAAAGUCUGACUCUCAACGACCUGAACGCGCAGCUGGCAAAUAUUUAUUGCGGGCCCAUCGCCUGCGAGUUUAUGCACAUAAACAGCUGGGAAGAACGGCAAUGGUUCGCAUCAGCAUUUGAGGACAGCGUUGCUUCCGAGCUGCAAAAUGGUGACCGGAAGAAGUUGGCCGAAUUGAUGCUACGUUGUGAGAAUUUUGACCACUUCUUGGCUUUGAAAUUCCCGACGGUGAAGCGUUAUGGCAGCGAGGGAGCGGAAGCGAUGUACGGUUUUUUCUCGGAAAUUUUCCAUGGUGCGCCGGAGAAGGGAAUCCAGCAGGUGGUGGUUGCCAUCGCGCACAGAGGUCGUCUGAAUCUGUUGGCGGAGAUGAUGGAAUUCCCCCUAACCCAGAUGUUCCGCAAGAUGCGUGGAAAGACCGAAUUCCCACCGGGCGUCCAGGGAAGCGGAGAUGUGCUCUCACAUUUGACUUCAUCUUUUGACCACGCGAGCGCUGAGGGCAAAGUCCAUGUCACUAUGCUUCCGAAUCCUUCUCACCUGGAGGCCGUGAAUCCAGUGGCGAUGGGGAAGGCUAGGGGAAGAAGUCGUUCGCUCUCGCUGGGUGAAUAUUCUGAGGAACGAGGUGCUCGUGUUGGAGACGGUGUGCUGUGCGUACAGGUUCACGGUGAUGGUGCUUUCACGGGUCAGGGUGUCGUUUGGGAGUCGAUCGCCCUCUCGCAGGCUCCUCAUUUUCGCCUAGGCGGCUCAGUCCACUUGGUGACCAACAAUCAGGUGGCGUUUACCGCUGAGGCUCACGUUGGCCGAUCCACUACACACACUACCGAUAUCGCCAAGGCCUUUGAAUGUCCUGUCAUCCAUGUUAAUGGUGAAAAUCCGGAGGAGGUCGUAAAAGCAACCCGCCUUGCCAUGGCGUACCGUGAGAAGUUCCGCAAAGAUGUUUUUGUAAAUCUGAUUUGCUAUCGUCUGCGUGGUCACAAUGAGCUCGACGACCCCACUUUCACAAACCCUAGGAUCUAUAAGCAAGUGCAAUCUCGCGAAUCGGUGCCUAGGAUGUAUGCUGAUGAGCUGAUUUCCGAAGGAUUGACGACUGAGGAGGAGAUUAAAAAACUUAAAGAUGAGCACACUGCGAAGCUGAUGGACGUGUUCAAGUCGGUAGAUAAAUCGGAGCCGAGUGUGAAGCAUCUGCAGGGACUAUGGUCUGGAUUCAAGCAGGCGCCGCCUUCCGUCGAACGUUGGGAUACAGGUGUCGACUCCGAUCUGCUACGAUUCGUUGGGGCUGCUAGCGUAAAAACACCUGAUGGCUUCAACUUGCACAGCCAUUUGAAGAAAACCCAUGUCGAGGCUCGCAUCAACAAAUUGACUCAAGGAGAAGGGCUUGAUUGGGCAACCGCAGAGGCACUUGCUUUUGGAAGCAUCUUGCUUGAUGGCCAAGACGUUCGUAUAUCGGGUCAAGAUGUCGGGCGCGGUACCUUCAAUCAUCGGCAUGCCAUGCUCGUUGACCAGGAGGGCGACAACAUUUUCGUGCCGCUGAAUAACAUUGAGGCUGCGCAAAAGGGAAAAAUCGAGGUUGCCAACAACUUGCUUUCCGAAGAAGCUAUUUUGGGCUACGAAUUCGGGAUGAGCAUCGAAAACCCCAAUCGG